GCCGUGGGCAGGGGACCGCCGCCAUGUCUGGUCCUGCUACUUAUGGGUAGACGGGGGCUUGCUCUGGCUACCUGACCGCGGGGAUGGCGGAGGACGCCGGCCAUGGGUCUGGGGCUCUGGGCGCUUGGCUCGGAAUAUAUAUUCGCAGAAACGUCCCUGGACUGAAUAUGGGCCCCUGGUUAGGCUUGGCUUCCUUCUGGCGAUGCCGUCACCGCCGCAUCUGGCCGCAGCCGUCACCGCCGCCCUCUUCCCCGGUGGGUAUCGCGGGAUUCUUCUCUACGGGCGCACCAAUCCCUGCCUCAUCAGCUUGCACCAGCAAUGUCUCCGCUCCCCUCUGCUCCCUGAGCCACGACCGGGCAUCGAGCGCCGGACGGUGUCCACCCCCGACCUGUGCAGGGUCUCCACCGGCGAAUCCACCCGCCUCGCCGGAGCGCCGCUACCAGCGGGGAUCUCGAGGCCCUAUCUCGCGCACGGCGCGCCAAUAUCCGGCUCAAGAGCUACCAGCAAUAUCCCCACUCUGUGUCCGGACCAGGCGCCAUUCGCCGUGUCCGGACCAGCACCGGCUGGGCACGGCGGAUAUGGUACGCACCUCAGCAUGCUUCUCCUCCCAGGCUGCGCCUCAGUGUGUGCAUAUCAGAAUGCCAAGCGCACCAUUUUCAGCAUGCAUCAGAGCCUGAAUAUUUUCUGUUUGGUCUCAUGAAUGGAGCAAGUCGGGAACAAAUCACAGAUACUAUGGACAAGUUGCAGCUUCAGAGAAGCAGGCCGGUUACUUUUAAGAUUCUGGAUAUGAAGUCUAAAGAGUCCAUAGGGGAUACAAUGAAAUGCGUGCAGAAUCCGGUAUUCGCAGUAGCACAGUAUGGCAAAAAUAACAUCUUGAUUUUUGGUACUCCGGUUACGAAGAAUUUUGGUUGGAACAAACAUUCUUCAGGUUGUCAAGUUUCAUUCUUCAUUUCUUCUCUUGUAAAGUGAUGAAGAGGAAAUAUCUUGACAGUAGUAGACACUUGAGGACAAACGAUGAACUUGAUCUUGACGACUGGAUUAUUUUCAGAUUCAUUGUCUUGAGGAAUCUGAGUCUCUCUGACCAACCAUGUGACAAAUUGGAAUAUCUAGUAUCUACUCCUCCGGAGAAAAGGAGGAAGGAACAACCAUGUCGCUGCUGCACUGAGAUGUCCGUGUCCAAACCAUUGUACUUGUUGCGCAUAUGAUCAUCUUUCUUCGUCAGAUGCAAAUUAAUUAUCUUUCUUCUUCGGAGUUGAGCCAUUCAGGACUUCAGGUGAUCAGGUCUCGCAGCAACCACUAACGGUGCUGAUGGUAUACUGUAGGCGACUUGAGGGGCGAGCAGGACAUAGACAUGGCAGCUUCCCCUGCAAUUUCAGCCUGUAAAACGUUCAGGUUCGGGCUUCAUUCUUCAACUGGCAUUGGAUCUUCGUGCCAACAGGCCCCUCCUCGCCGAGGAUGCCCGGCCGGUCGAGUCUCUUCUUGUCGGAAAACCAGGCAAGCUCGCGCGCCACGGUGGCCUUCGGACGCCGCGGGCCGCGACAACAUGGGAUCCUAGUCAUCAGCAGUCAGCACAGGCAUGAGGCAUCGACCGAGCCGCGACCAUGCCGUCUAAUUGCAUCGGCUCUAGACGAUGCCGUAGCAUGCGCUCAAGACGGCCGAGACCAUCCUCGCCGCGGACACGAUGGCCUUACGU